UAACUGAUUUCUUAUCACAAUCAUGGGUCAGUCCUCCUCUGAUGCAUCUGAGAAUGAAGAAAAUGGAGAUUUGAACAUUUGCAUCUUCAUUAAAUAUUUUAUGAAGAUUGAGACAGAAAACAAAAUCAUUUCUCAGGAGACCAUCGAUUUAAUAGAACGUCAUCUGAAAAUUGGAAACAUUCAAGGAGCAAACUCAGUAAUCAAUGAUGCUUUAAAAAAUAUUGAGAACACCCCAAUAAACAUUGCUGUGACUGGAGAGUCUGGAGGAGGGAAGUCCAGCUUCAUCAGCCUGAGGGGGGUGGGACCUGAAGACCAAGGUGCAGCUGAAGUGGGGGUAACCGAGACAACUAUGAUGAGAACUUCAUACAAGCACCCCAAAAUUGAAACGUUGAUUUUAUGGGACCUGCCUGGCAUUGGAACUAUGAAUUUUCCACCUAAAGAUUAUCUGGAGAAAGUGAAUUUCCAAGAGUAUGACUUCUUCAUUAUUGUUUCUUCCACACGUUUUACAAAAAAUGAACUAGACCUUGCCAAGGCAAUCAUAUCCAUGAAAAAGAAUUACUACUUUGUAAGAACCAAGGUCGACAUAGAUUUACAAAAUGAAAAGGAAUCCAAACCACGCACCUUUGACAGAGAAAAGACCCUGCAGCAGAUCAGAAGCUACUGUGUGAACACCUUCAGUCAGAAUAACAUGGAUGCUCCACAGAUUUUCUUGAUUUCAAACAGACAUUUAUCUGACUAUGAUUUUCCAGUCCUGGUGGACACCCUGGUAAAGGAUCUUCCUGCUCAAAGGCGCCACAAUUUCUUGCUUUCUUUGCCUAAUAUCACAGAGGCAGCCAUUGACAGAAAGCACAAGUCUAUGCAGCAGUAUAUCUGGUUGGAAGCCUGCAAGGCUGGACUCUUAGCUACUGUUCCUGUAGUGGGCAUCCUCAGGGAUGAUGUGGAGAAGCUGAAGGAGAAAUUGAACCACUAUCGAGUCCUCUUUGGAGUGGAUGAUGAAUCCCUGGAAGUCAUGGCUAAGGAUUCCCAAGUGCCUGUUGAACAAUUGAAAAAACUCAUUAAAUCCCCUUAUUUGUUGGAAACUGAGGGAGAAGCAACAUUAAGAGAAUUGUUUUUGAAGUAUUUGGAGAAAUUUUCAUCAGCUACUGGUGGGCCCUUGGCUACAGGUCUUUACUUUAGGAAAACCUAUUACCUUCAACAUCUUUUCCUUGACACAGUGACUGAAGAUGCCAAAGUUCUCCUUCGAGUGACACACUCAAAAAUCUAGUUCAUAAUCAGGUCAUCCACAGCUACUGACCAUGACAAGACCACAUGGUUAAUGCCAGGGAGUCACUGAAUAAAUUUUCUCUAUGAUAUCUUUUUUUUUUACACUAGCCAAUCCUCUACCACCAUGGGACAAUCUAAGGGUAAGAGCCAUGUGUGUGUUAAUAUGUCAGAUUCUGACAAUCCCCAGCUUCAAAACUCUACCUUCCCCCUUGUCUUUCAGCUCCACAUGCACACUUGAAUGCACAUGCACAAGCACACACACAUAUAAAAUAUGCAUGCAUGCAUACAAGCACACAUACACAGUGCGUAAACACUUGCCAUGCCUUGUAGAUAGAAGGAGCAGAGAUCAAUUUACACAACCUGUAUAAAUGUUGAGUGGGUGUGACAGCCACCUUGUACUCCAAGCUCAGAAGUCAGAAACAGAGGAACCAUGGAAUAAGCUGGCCAGCUAGAUCAUGGAAGCCUGCAAGCUCUGGGUUCAACUGUCAGACUCUGCCUUGGAAAAACAACAGAAAGUAAUUGAAGAUAAGGCCUAAUGUAGGCAGACCUGCCUAGACACAUGUGAACAUGCAUACCAUACAGAGAGACACAUUUUAAAUAUGAAAAAAAUGAAAUUCAGGAAGUAAAAAAUAAAAAGUCUUACAAACUACUGUUGUGAAAUAUUAAUUGUAAGAUGUGCCCAAUGUGGACAAAUAUAUCCACAUAAAAUUUAAGAUAGUUUAAUAAUAAAUUCCAAACACAAAAGAACAGAGUUUGGCACAGCUUCUUGAUAGUAAAUUUUCUUUCCCAUGGGCUCUGUUUGCUGGCAGCAAGAGGGAACACAGCAACUCCUUUAUGAGAGGUCAUCCUGACUCAGCAUUGGCAGUGAAGGCUGCUCAGCUUCUUUAGGAGAUGGCUUACUGGUUCAUACUAGUUGCACAAACAACUCUGGCUCUUUCAGGAGACAGAGCACUUAAAUAGAAUAUGUGAGAAGCAUGUUAACAAAUUGCUUAAUGGUGAUGUGGAUGCAGUGAACAUGCCUCUGUCAUGUUGGAAUGGAUGGAGUCAGCAGGCAGGGCCGCAGAGUUGGUCCUAGUCAUUUCUGAUUAGCAUUUCUUUUAAAAAAAAUUGCUU